CUUCAGUCUACACUGCGGAGUCACCACCAGCUGAUGUGUAAUUUAUCUUCAUCUUAUUGAGAAAUCCGUUUCCAGGAAACCAGGCGGACGAUGAUGAUUACAUCAACAACUCCAGAUUAUUCGCAGUGAAAUUUGAGUUAGUAAGCUAAUUUAAGAUCAUUUCUCUUUUUCUGAGACUAAAUUAGGGAAACGACGUAAUUACCUUCAUUGGCUGUUCACUAACAGCGCGCGAAGGCGUGCGUAAAAGUUUGGAGCGUGUUCUGGGAGGAGUUUGGAGUGACUGCCUCCAGCUGCGGUCUUCUCCUCAGGUCACAACACAUCAGGCUGCACACGGAGCAGAGUCGGUGCGAGGGAUGAAAGAAAACAAGAUAACAUACACACGAGCCUCAUGAAGUGAUCCUUCUGUCACAUCUGGAACAUGCAAUUGGAGGCGACGGGAGAGCGGCUCACAAACAGUUUCUGCAAGUUGUCCUCGAGUCUGGAGGAGCUGAGAUGAGACUGAAGCUUUUCCACUGAGUAGAGAGCUCCUGGUGGUCGUCAUGUCCCUGUGGAUGAUCCUUCCUGUCAGCCUUCCUGUCUUCACCAUCACAGGAAUAUGGGUUGUGUAUGCGAUGGCUCUCUACAACCAGCACGUCUGCCCGGUGCACAACUGGCUUUACAAUGAGUCCUGUGAGGAGCUGCUUCCAUUACAGAGGGGACCUGUGUUGUGUUGCACCAUGGACAACAUACCGCUCAUCAGUAAAUGUGGAACUCUGCCACCUGAAAGCUGCUUCUUCAGCCUCAUUUGCAGCACGGGAUCAUUCAUGGUGAUGCUGAUCGGCCUGCUGCGCUACGCUCACGUCAUAGAGAAGCACCAGAACUGCAUCCUGAACACAGCCGGCCUCUCAACCGGAUGGAUCUGCGCUGCCGGCCUCAUCAUGGUGGGAAACUUCCAGGUGGAUUUUGCCAAAGUCCUCCACUACGUUGGAGCGGGAGUCGCCUUCCCCUCCAGCAUGUUAUUUGUGUGUCUUCAGUCGGCUCUGACCUAUCGACUGGCCAAGACCCAGGGCGAGUACCGGAUGGGUCACUUCCGUGUCGGGAUGGCCCUGCUGGCGCUCAUCGCUCUGGUGCUCAGUGGAGUUUUCUUUUGCCAGGAGAGCUUCGCCCUGCAGCACACCUCCGCCAUCUUCGAGUGGGUCUACUGCAUGCUCAUCAUGUUCUUCUAUGGGACUUUUGCCUUCGAGUUCGCGGGCGUGUCGGGAGACACCGUGAUGGUCCUCUCCAGAGGAGGGGGCGUGCAGGGAUUCUCCACCUCAGAGCUCAAGGCCGAGGUGGGCGGAGGGGCCAACCACCACCAGCCGGAGAAUAUGUCGAUCCUGUAACUGAAACGCAGCCUGUGGAGGUCGAAGUGUGACACGCGGACCUAUCUAGAAGGCCCCAACAUGGAGUCGUAUUCUGGAAGCUGCCUCCUGCAUAUCACCACGCUCACUAUUGCACACAGCCACAGCAUCAAAGCUGUUUUCUUCAGCAGUGACCAAAGACUGACUGUUAUGCUUUAAAAGUACCGACAGCACGGCAACACAUUGCACAGUAUCGUCAGUGCCUUUCUGAGCACCAACACUUGUGCACAAGCACACACACACACACACACAGACCUGGGUGUUUGUUUUAAUUGUCCUUAUGUAACAAUCCCUCUCUGGAUUCUUGGCUGAAGUUGCCUUUUAUCCGACCGAACGUCCUGAAAGUGCCUCAGAAGUCGAGCAUGGCGGCGUCAGUGCUGGAGCUUCUUCAAAAGUCUGGACGCUCACACGCAGAGACCUGUGAUGUUUUUCUUUUUUUUUCUCUCAGGAAGUUUUGUUACAUCAUUAGCUUUUAGUCUUUACCUCAACUGUAAAAUGAAAUGUUCCAAAAACCUUCAACAAUAGGUGGACGUUACUGUGUGCCAAGAAUAAUGACUUUCUUUUAAAGCGGAUUAACCAUUAAAAUGUCCGUGCCAAAAAAAUGAUGGCAGGAGUAUCUGCACAUGUAAAGUGUUCAUACUAUAAUUCAAGUUAUGAUAUUCAUAAA